UCCCGUUCGCCCGAAUGCGGGACCGGGCGCUUGGGAUGUGGGCGCUUGCGCGUACCUGCUUCAUUGUGCUCGACGAGGACGAGUACGCGCGUUCAACUGGAUAGCAUAGGCACGACGCGUUUCUGAACUGCUGUACAUCAUGCCACCAAAAGCCCAGCCCAAGGCAUACAUUCUGCCGGUGAAGACGCACAAGCUCUCAGUCUUCCUCACGGCCUCCUUGAACGACACGAUCGGUUCGUUGAAGAAGGAUGUUCUGAUGGCGCUCAAUGCACCCGUCCUACGCGCCCCAAAUCCAAAAUCCGAGUCCGCAAUGAACGUCGACGACGCCCAGGACUGGACUGUGCCUACGGCCGGGAGCGUGAAAGACUUCGAGCUAUGCAGAGCUCUCAAGGAGCGGGGGCGACCAACGGGCAUCUACGAGCUCCUCGAGGACGACAUGCAAGUCAGAAAUUGUCUCACGAAUUGGGAUGCGUUGUAUGUGCAGUUCAGGGACACCGACGGCGAAUUGCUUCCUGUGCAAGUCUCCACCCCAUCACUCCUGGAUGAGGAAGAUGAAGAAGCGGAGCUUGCCGCGGCGAGGAAAGGAAAACGCAAGGCGCCUCCGGAAGGCGAGUAGAGACCUCAACUGUGCUGUGUUAUCUUGUAUGCUUUCUGGACGCUUUCUUGGACACUCCCCGUUGUAGUCAAGUUGUGUAGCACAAGCAGUUUCGUCGUCGCUGCGCUGAGUACCCAGGUGACUAUCCUGAUGGUCUGUGGUGCACCGUGACUGAGAAUGUUUCUGGAAAGCUUUCAUUGCGAUGGUGUAGA